CACUCUCUUUACAGUUAGUUUAUGACCAAGGAAGCAGUGGAUGUAAACAAUUGUUUAACAUUUGUUUGUGUUAUUAAAAAAGAACGCGAAGUUUAAUGAUAUUUUUCACGAACUCAGUCUCUAUUAAUGUUAAUUAAACAAGUGGGUUAAAAUUUGUGAAAGUGGGGAAAAUAUUCGACAAUAUGAAACGCACUAUAACAGAGGAGAAUAGAGACGCAAAGCGACCGUACAUGGUGAAGCAGGAAGGCGUCACUUUUUCCUACGAUCCCUACGUUGGCUACUCAACGGCCACGUCGACGUCCUCGACGAUCAAUCAACCUCUACCUGGACAGCCACCAUUGCCGCCGAUGCCACCCCCGCCCCCAGUUCCUCCCCCUCAUCACGUUUUUGUCACUCCCCAAGUGAAUCCUCUUCAGACCUGGACACACGCACCGCCCCCCUGGCAAUGGUUGGCCCAGCAGCAGGCACUCUCCUCGCAGGCAGUUCGCGACAUAACGAGCAAUUUCCAGCGGGGGAAUUUCAUCAAACGUGAACAACAGCGCUUCCCGAACAGCAAUAAUCUUCCAAAUAGCAACAAUAAUCGAAAUAUUAUCUACAAUAAUCAGAGGAAUAAUUUUCAUCGGAACAAGAGGAAAACACAGCGAUUCGAUUCGAAAUUGGAGCAAAUUUAUUCGGAUGUCUCGUCGAAUGUCUCGACGCCAGUUCCGAAUUUAAUGAAUCAUUUGAAGACGCACGGACUUGAGAAUAAUUUCGAUAUUAAUUCGGAAGACGAGAGGACAAAGAAAAAUAAACCACGAAAACCAAUGUCGCAGAGUUAUCCGAGUCGCCCAUGGAAUCGCGAGGACGCCGAACGUGCGCUGUCAAUUGAAAGUGAAUACAAUAAAACAGUGAAGGCACAAAGUUUAAUAAUAAAAUUUCCCGAUCCCGAUUUAAAUAAGGAAAUUGUCCGCGACUUUCAUCCGGGCAUUCAAAAUAUUCAUUUUCAAAGUCCAAGUGGUCCGCGAUAUUGUUUCAUUCAAAUGGCGGACAAUGUUAAUAUUGACGAGGCAAUAAAGGACCUGGAGAAGGUGGCAUUUGGAAUUGGUCAUUUGAAAGUUGAAAGAAAAUCCCUGAGGGAUGACGAUAAUCCAAUGCCAGAGGAAAUUGAUCCCUAUACACUCUACAUUGGAAAUUUACCAGAAUCAGUGAAUGUCAAUGAGGUGAAGAGUAAAUUUACAACAGCGGCGAGAGUCGAUGUUGGUUAUGCGCAAAAAAUGCGAAAUACGAGGUACGCUUUUAUUCGAUAUAACAGUGUCGAUGAAUCAAUAUCGGCUUAUAAAAAGGCUCACGAUUUAAUGUGGGACACAAGAAGUAUAAUUGUCAGAUUUCGUAGGCAAAGAGGAAAUACGUGUCUUCCAGGCGAGCAGAAGAGUGUCAAGAAAGUUAAGGACGAAACGAGUGUGAAAAAUGAGGAGAAAAAUAAUCAAUUGAAGGAAAACGAGAAGAAGAAAACUAGCGAAGCGGAAGUUAUCACCAUUGAAAGUAAACGUGAUUCUUCGGAAAAAUUGUCCGAAGACAAUUCAUCGAUAUCGGUAUUAAAGGAAAAGGAGAAGGAAAUUUCUGUUUCUCUUGAGAAGGAAAAUUUAACUGAAGAGUUAAUAGUGGAAAUUAAAGAAGAGCCACAGGAUUAUGAAGAAAUUGAUGAUGAUGACGAUGACGAUGAUGAUGACGACGACGACGAUGAUGAUGAAGAACAAGAUAUUGAAAUUGACGAGGACGAUGAAAUAAAUGAUAACGAAGACAAGGACGACGAUGAUGAUGACGAUGAUGACGACGAGGACGAUGAUGAUAAAAUAAUUCCUCCUUGCAGUGAUUACGGAAUUAUUUCCCUGAGUGAUAAAAAAUCGGAAGAAACAAAUUCGACUGAAAUACAGUCAGAUCAUUUGGACCGAAUAUUCACCGAUCUCGAAAAUAUUGCUAGCGAUAUUUCACUGUAAAAUAGAAUUUUCAAAAAGACUUUUAUUAUAUUUUUCUUUAGAUUUAUUAUUCAUAUUUUUUAAAUGUAAA